AUGUGCUAUUUGAUUGGUCAGAACCUUGACAAGGAGUUUUCACAGGGCAUGGGCAAAUUCAAGGUUAUGGAACUGUUGUCAAAGAAGAGUCCAGUCGGGAAGCGCUUUCACGCGUUGUACAGCGCUAAGGGAGACGAAUUGACACCACCAAAAUGUGAAGAAAAGGAAACGUUCCAGCUUUACCUGGAAACACACUUUCCUGAGUAUUUGAAUAGCGGUGGCUGUGGCGGACAUGCCGCUAAUCACUUCACCAUCUUCGACGAGAACCCUGACCAUCCCAACAUGGAACCUUUUUACAGAUUUCAGCUCUCGGGGAAUUGCUUUCUCCAAGCUCCCAUCUUGAUGCUUUGGUAUCUGGCCCUAUGGUACGACAAAGACAAAGCCGCAGCGGAUGUGCCGUUGAUCCACCUUUCGCGAUACGCACGAAACACUUUUGAGAGCAAAUUUCUGUAUGAAUAUCUUUUUAAUGACGCUGGCGGAGAAUCCUGGUUGGUGAUAUCCAAACUCAUAACAGAUCGUACACGCAUGGAGCAUAUGAUUGAAUACACUUCUUCCUACGAGGACGUCCUCGAUUUUCUUAAGAAGCAUGGCCCGGCGGUUGUGGAACUGGACAAUGUGCCUCUCGAAGACUUUUGCAAACCAAAUAAGUUCCAUUAUACCACACUCCCAAAAAUGGACAAGACCAAGAAGACGGAGAUGGGUGGUCAUUCGAUGCUUCUUGUCGGGGUUCGACAGGAUGAAGCCCGCCAAACCUUUUUUCUACUUCAAAACUGGUGGGAGGGGAAGCUGUUUGUUGAAGUACGCAACGACUAUCUCAUCACUAUAGCAGGCGAUCGAUAUGGCUUUCGUUUCAUUAAGGCGGCGUUUGAACUGAAGGAUGAGGCCCAGGUUUAUGCUCAGCCUCGUACCGAGGGAGCCCGCAACGCACAGUCCUCGCCUUUGCUCGAACGGCAAUUUCGUCAACAGGGUGUCAAACAGCGUUAG